UAAAGUAUAAACUUGAAUGUUGUAGCUGUUGAGGCGUGCACCAAUGCAAACCCUCACUAAACUAAAGGCAAACCUUAAAUUACUUUCAUACAACCACUGUUUAUCAGCUUAUCCGCACUUACAUACGGAGCUCCGAAGUUCGAUGUAAAACGUAGUUCCUUCGUUAGAAUCAGACUGUUGAUUCAACGUUGUUGGAGAGGUGGGUUUCAACUCCUUCGUUUUCUCCCUUAGGAGUGUGGGUUUAACCCACGUAAGAGGGAAAGAAAGGACAAGAGAGCGAAAGGACACGAAAAAGGCAAAAAGGCUAUCUGAAACAUGAUCUCCAUGUUGUGUCUCAUGCUGUUUGUUCCACGUGUGUUCUCCUCAUCGACACAGGUGGCUGUAAUCUUCCCCCAAGACCCAGCAUUGUGGAUGGGCUCCAGCCUAACGGCCACGUGCACAGUGAGCCCCGAGCGGGGGCUGCAUGCCAACACUAUGUACUGGACCCUUAACGGGAAGAGACUCCCAAGUAGCACCUACGGCCUGCUGAGCACCAACGGCCUCAGUGUCACCUUGCACCGCCUCAACGGCUCCCAGCAGCAGUCUGGGGACAACCUGGUGUGUCACAGCAGAGACGGACAUGUCCUGGCUGGCUCCUGUCUGUACGUGGGCAUGCCCCCGGAGAAGCCGGUCAACCUAACCUGCUGGUCCCGAAAUACAAAGGACCUGAGCUGCAAGUGGACCCCCGGUGGUCGGGGUGAAACCUUCAUCAAAACCAAAUACACCCUCAAGUACAAAUUGAGGUGGUACGGGCGAGAGAGAGAAUGUGAGGACUACAGCACGGGGAAACGCUACACGUGUUACAUCCCCAAGGACUUGGCCCUCUUUACUCCCUACGAGAUCUGGGUGGAGGCGUCCAAUCAGCUGGGGACUGCCACCUCUGAUGUCAUCACUCUGGAUAUUCUGGAUGUGGUGACUACAGACCCUCCAGACAACGUCCAUGUGAGUCGUGUGGGGGAGCUUGAGGACCAGCUGACAGUGCGUUGGGGCAGCCCUCCGGCACUUAAAGACUUCCUCUUCCAGGCCAAAUACCAGAUACGUUACCGACUGGAAGACAGCACUGAAUGGAAGUUGGUGGAUGAUGUAGGUAACCAGACAUCGUGCCGGCUAGCAGGGCUAAGGGAAGGGACAGUGUACUUUGUCCAGGUGAGGUGUAACCCAGUGGGGAUCUACGGCUCCAGGAAGGCUGGGAUCUGGAGUGACUGGAGCCACCCUACAGCUGCCUCCACGCCCCACAGUGAGCCGCUGCAGAGUGGGUCAUGUGACCCCAAGUCGGGUGAGCAGAACUCCACCCUGCGACGGGAGCUGAAGCAGUUCUUUGGCUGGGUCCGCAAACACGCAUGCGGCUGCAGCGGCAUGUCAAUCAAACUCUACGACCAGUGGCGGGUGUGGCUGCAGAAAUCUCAUAAAACACGCAACCAUGUAGGUAAGAAUAAUAUCCCCUUUAUUUCUGUUCCAGCUCAGCAUAGGCUUCACGGUUAUGCACAGUGAUUAUGUACUACUAGGCUACUGUAGCUCCUUAUCACAACAACACCCUCUGUUGUCAAUGUGUUGAACUCUGCAUACACCCCUAUUCUCUGACCCCCUUUGUCCUGAAUUGUACUUUUGUGUUUUGCGAUGUGGUCAGCGUUUUGGAAGCACACAGAACCAUUCCCCUAGAACUGGUUAGACUUUCUGAAGUCUCAGUCUGAUGUUUCAUGUUCAGGUAUGUGUGCGGUUUCCACUUUAUUGGCCCAGAGUACAGCACAAAGUUGAUAUCCGCUCAGUUCUCCAAGUCAUGAAAUCGAAUUUUAUUACAUAUUUUAAUGGCAUAGACUUAUGAUCUUCAGUCGAUUGCCACAACAAAGGGAAAUGAGCAUGUAAAUAUAAUUAACAACCACUAUAAUGUGUUCCUUUUGUGUUUUGUCUCUCUGUGACGCGAGGAGCUUGUUUCACAACAUAACUGAGCCCAAAUGGCAGCCAGGAGGACUGAGCUCACCGCUAAGCCACAUCCUCUGUUCGCCCCCUGAACCCAAUCGCUGGUUGUUAUGCUACUGAGGACAAGGGAACUGCCCGAGUCUUUUAUCUCACCUGAUUUGUGUGGUGUCCCUGAAUAAUGUCUGUGUUUAACUGCUCUGACAGGCGUAUAUUGAUUAACCUCAGAGAAAAAAGGAGCAGUUUAACUGGCUGUUACCAAUACGCAAUUGGUGUCAGUAUGAUAAUGAUAUGAAUUUCCAUCCUAUUUAAUUAUCCCAAUAUUAAGCAUAUGUUUUCUCUUUCAGAUUCUACAAUGUGAUAAAUCCUAACACAUGCUAAACAUCAUUGAAGUAUUUUAACAACAUUCACAACAGCAACUGAGAAACUGUCUUAGAAGGCCACUUUGAGGCCUGUGGGUAAAAACCAUCCAACACUCUGGAUAUUCCAGCAUUUGGUCACACACACCAACUUUGUUUUGUAGGAAUCCAUAUGGAACAGAAAAAGAACUGAUGCGAGACGCCAGCGUUACACUACUGUCUGCAGCCCAGGAUUCAAAUAGAGUGGAAUCGCUCUUUGCUCAGAUACCAAUACCUAUCUCGAAGAACUGCUCGAUCCCCUCCUCUCCACACACACUCUCUCUUACACACACAUCUCCGGGGAGUGGCAAAGAGGAGAGCCUUUCUCUGAUCACUGAGUGGGAGCAUGGAAACGUUUCUUAAUGUAGCAUUAGUACAUGUUUGACUCAGAUGGCCAUAAAUCAUCUUACUGACUACCAUCAGAUCAGACACGUAGUGGCCAGCUUCACAGACUUUUACCAGAGAGACAAGGGCAUUACGCAAUCCUCCUGGAAUGUCAUAUACAGUACAAAGAACUUCACUAAUUCAGCUCCUGUUCAGGAAACUCAAUCACAGAACAUUUGUCAGAAUUCUAGAAGAUGAAUGUACUUUCAUAAUGUAUUUCCAUUCUAACCACUUUAAUAGCCACACAGUUGUCUAAGCUAUGUGUCAAUGCAAUUUAAUUGUAUGGGCCUUUUACUGGCAAAAACAUGGUUGGUAUGCUAGCAAAUGCUAACACACCAUUUUGUAGAUUGGCUUUGUUGCAGUAAUAGCAAUUGAACUUGAUAUAUUUUUGGAUUGAAGUCAGGUUUGUGGGUCACCAUGACCAAAGCCCAUUCUGCAGUUUGUUGUUAAUAUGGAAGUGUUCUCUUGUCCUGAGGGUUUGCACCACUCUGGAUUCCUCUUAUUGAAAUCUAACUGAAGUUUAACUGUAUAUACUGUGUCUGUGUGAGUGUGCGGAUUAAGACAUUUUUAUAUUUUUUUAUCUGCAUAUUUAAGAGAUCCUAAGUAAUAUGUCUCUCAUUAAGUUAUGUUCAAUUAUCAAUAAUAAUUAUGAAUAUGUCAUAGUUGGACCGUUUUUUGUCUAUAAAACAAUAAAAGAAUGACACUUGC